UGAAAUUUCCAUUUGUUAUUUGUCGCUUGUUGAAUUGACAUCGUAGACCGAUUUCAAUUAUGUGGGAAACAUAUAUUCUCUUGGUUUCAAUAUUUAUUUUGCCCACAACACUAUCUAUAGUUAAGUGGCUGCCAAACAGAAGUUUCAAUUUGCCAGUAAAUUUUUUGAACGGAAAAUUACCAUGUUCCAGGCAAACUGUUGUGUUCCCUGAAAAUAUAAUUGAAUCAGUGCGACUGGAAUCGGAAAUAUCUGUAAGUGAAUUUGUAUUACCAAGUGAGGGAGAAAUAACUCUUGCCAAUGGCGUUAUUAGUUUUGGUGCAGACCCAAAUGACUCUAAUUGCACCGAUGACGGCAAUGUUUACUAUUUGGACAAUUCAGUUACGUCAUGGGCUCAACCCGAUAUGUGGAGUUCAACAAAAUUCAACGAUGCAACACCUGAUGCAGAAAGAAUACCAUGUUACGACGACAUUGUAGAGUUUCCUCAAAAUGCACAAUUUACAAUUAUCCUUCCAGAUGAUAAUCAAAUAGUCAAAGAGAUAAGAAUUGGAAAAAGCGCUAAUAUAACUACUACUGAUGCAUUUUCAAAUUAUGUGUCGAUGCAAAAAGAUCAAUCGCAGCAAUUUAUACUUAACAAAUUUCAACAAUCAGGAGUAAAUGUCAUGAAGACUUCGUGCAAGUCGAGAAGUGGUUGUCCAUGUCAAAAAUUCGGUAUCAAUGUGGACUGUUCUGCCAAGUUUUGUCCUGUACCAACUUGCGAUAAUCCGAUCCAACCUAUUGGCCAUUGUUGCAAAAUCUGUGGUGGAUACAUUACUUUUGCAGUUGAUAGGAGCUUCGAUAUGAUGUCCUUCAAAGAAUUUGUUGCAAAAAUUGUACAUGACUAUGGAAGUGAUAAUAUUUUGUGGCAUAUAAGUCGACUUCCACAAGUAUUGAAGAGAGAAGAAUAUACUGAUCUUGUUUUAGACAAUGAUAACGACUUUGGUGCAGAUGGUCAGGUUCAAGUUGUUGUGGUAGACAAAAGAGAAUACACUGGUGAUAGUGCUCAGGUAACAAAUGAAAUACAGUACCGGAUAAAGGGUUUGAAGACAGCCGCAAUAAGUGGAAGUCCCUUAUCAAAAUCAGGAAUAAAUGGGAAAAUAGCGGUGUCCAUGUUUUUUACUGUAAUACUGGUAAUGGGUGCAGUAUACGUAUAUUAUUAUAGAGUGCCAGAACACUGGGUGGAAAAUUUGAACUUGAAUAGGCCUCGUAGGGUUAUUUCUAGGUUUCAGAGAAGAACGGAGAGCGUAGUAUCAUUGACCAGGAGAGAUUCUGGAACACCAAUAGGUACAAGUAUAAAUACAGGGUUUAGAAACCCUAUGUACGACUCCAAAAGAGGGCGGGUACACGUUGUGGAGCCUGUAGAUAUUGUUGAAGAAGAAUAACGUCAUAUUUUAUUUGACAAUAAAGGAAAUGAAUUUGUGUUUAAUUACAAUGUUAGAAAUGAGUAUAAUUUUUUUGUAGAAAUUAGGUUACUCUCCCAUUUGUCCAAUAAUAUUGUUUUUAUUAUGAGUAGCAAUACGUCAAUCGUCCCUUUUUUGAUAUCAACGAUAAUGCUAAUGCACUAGUAAUUUUAAAUAGGACAUAAAUAAAUCCUACCCUCAUCCCAUUUAUUAAUAAGACAAAAAUAAAUAUAAGACAUAAUAAUCAAAAUUGUUGGAAUGUUAUAUUUCUUUUUUUCUGAAAUCUAGUACAAUAGAAAUUGCUGGAUAGUUUCUUAUAAUUAUCCUCGAGUCCAAGAUAUUGAACUUACAUGAAGUACGAUGAAGCGAGUUUUUUUUUAAAUAAAUACUAACAUAAAUGUGUUAAUUACUUAUAUAGUAUUUAUUAUUGUAAAGUUGAAAUUAGAAUUUUUUGAAUUUUUAAUAAAAGAAACAAAAAUAGCAAGUGGUGAAAUUGGCGCCGACGAACAAGAAGUAUAUAUUCUUAUCCAGGUCACACAUUGCAUGUUUGUAAGUUUUGUAAAGAUUGGUUGAACUGUUAAGGAAGCAAGACGUAAUAAACAAACAAAUAAGCACA